UGAGUUUUUUCCGUUUGAAUUCGAUUAAUUUAAUUUAAAAGUCUAAACCGCCGAUUCUCCAAAAUUCAAAUUUCUCUUUCCUCUGCCACAAAGAAAAAAAAAAGGAAAGAGAAAUUCCAAGCUCCCCCCGCUUUGCCCCCAACUCAGUCCGCCUCCGAUCCUUCAAUCUCGACCGCAUCUCUCACACCCGGCGGCGUUCCGAUCCAGAAAGCACCUCCGCUUUCCCCACUUCGACGAUGAGCGAGCCCAGUGAGAAUUUCGGCCUCGAGGAUAACCGUCUCGGGCUCUUCGACGUCUCCUUGGAGGACGAUUGCCUCUAUGCGACCUCUUCUCCGCCUCGCCAAGACUUUCACUUCUCAGAUGAUUUGUUGGACAAUGCUAGCGAUCUGUCAUUAAACCUUGUGGAUUCUCAGAGUCUUCAAAGCACAGAGUGCGGGGAUGAUGCCAGGGAACAUCAGCCUCUUGAAUCGUUAGAACCGGAACAGACCAAGAAAAAUAUGAAGUACAACUUGCGCAAAAGUUUAGCCUGGGACAGUGCCUUCUUCACGAGCGCAGGUGUUCUGGAACCAGAUGAGUUGUCUAGCAUGAUGGGGAAGACUGAGGAAAGAGAGAUGUUACCUGGAAUUAGAGAGGAGUUAGAAAGAUCAACUGAUUCGUUAUCUACCUUGGCAAGUGAGGGUUUGACCAUGGAGAAUCUUGAGGGUGAUCUUUUUGGUGACAUUAGAGCAUCAAUCCAGAAAUCAAGUGGAUCAUCUUGUGUGGCAAGUUCCAAGCCCAAUUCUGGUACCAGAACAGGAUCUGUCAAGGCUGCAACCCCAGCAAAACAAUCUCCAAAAAAACUGGAGGAAGCUUCUGAAACCAAGCUGAAACCUAAAGUUUCUUCAAAGAAGACAGAUGUUGUCAUCCCAGGAUCACGGAGAACAAUGAAGAACACAUCUACUGUUACACAAGCUCAGCAGGCACCAAUGCAGUCUCUUGAAACAAAAAGAGAAACAACGUCCCUGUCUAAGCCCCCCAAGAUAGCUGCCAGAGUUGGCAUCUCAACAGCAGCCAAGAAAGGUCCGUUGAGUAACACCUGUGCCAAAUCGGAAAAGGACAAAGGAAAAUGUUCAGCUAGCAAUUCAGCAAAUACGAAAGACUUGACAGGCAGAGUGAAAAUACCCAUUUCUGGUGGUUCAAGGAAUACUGUGUCCAAGCUAUCGCCACCUUGGCGGUCUUCUUCGAGUUCAACAAAGACAGAGUCAGUAGUCUCUUCUUUUGAUUGUUCUGAAAGCGUUUCAUCUGAUGGUGGUAGCAGCAGAUCUUCCUUGAGCUCUUUUACACGAAAAGUAGACCCCAGGGCUGGUGGUGGUGUUCCUUCUUCUAGCCUCAUAGCCAAAGCCACAUCAAGAAUCGGUUCAAAAAGUAAAAACCACUCAACAAUCCCACAUCGCUCGCCUUAUCUCAGGUCUGUGGUCAAGCACUCUCCAAACAUUUCACCCGCCAGCUCAGUCAGUGAAUGGUCCUCGGAGUCAAUAUCACUGUCACCAACUUCAACCCUUAACAAGAGGUCCAAUUGUUCAAGAUCUAGCAUCGACACAGCCUCUUGUGUAGACCCUUAUGAGGAUGAUGAGAGUUCCCAAGUUUCAGAUUCUCCAAGCCAUUGUAGUGAACCAGGUGCAGCGGGAACUCAAGGCGGUCAAUCAUUGAGAAGGGUCUCUAAAGAAAAUGGUGAACUUCUUACGGAGUCAGCUAAGCCCUCCGGCCUCAGACUACCAUCGCCAAAAAUCGGUUUCUUUGAUGGGGCGAGAUCAUCCUCGAGAAAUUCAAAUGGGAGUUCACAAACAAAACCAGGGGUUGUGCCCAGUGGAUUACCGAGACCAGGGGGAGUUCUCCAUGGAAACCUAGGAAAGCCAGGAAAUCUUCAAACUGCUAAAUCUGCAACAACGCCAGCCAGGACUCCUAGAAUUGGCACUCAGCAACAGUCAUUGAGCAGCUCCAAGUCAAAAUCCCAAGUGUCUAAUAACCAGGCGCCUUCAAUGGCUGUACCAAAGGUUGGCAGCAGCGGCCUUCUAAGAAGUGCAAAGCGCUCUCCCAGCAUAUCUCCCAGAGUGCAAAGUAAGACAUCCUCCCCUGGAAGCAGUGCGGAGAAGAAUCCAAAGCCCGUGAAAGUCACGCCUAUUGAUGAACAGCACACUCCCUUUGUGCUUCCAUCUACCAAAAGCAUAGAAAAGGUUGGUCUGGAGGAGAAAGUUUCAUCUUUUGAGUGUGAACACAAGGAGAGUCAUAUCAUGGUAGGUGAUGUUGUUGCAAUGAGUAGAGAAAACAGUCCUAGUCAGAAGGAAAUGAACUGUUUUGAACAGUAGCCGAAGAAAGCUUAUGGUGAAGCUCCUCAAUCUGUCCAUGAGGUUCAUAUGCGGAAUGAAGAACUUGCUGAGUUGUCAAGUGGAUUAUGAGGGAGGAUAAGGGUCAGGAGGUGGAAGACUGCUUGCCCUUCAGCCUUCAGGGGAGGGUAGGGAGUCCCUUUUAUCUUCGGAGAAGGCAAUAGGUUGAGUAGAGGGCAUUUAUUUUAUGCGGGAGUGGCUCUAAUAGUAGGUUAACUAGCAGCAGCUAAGUCAUUUGACAGAAGUGUUGGCCUGCUGACCAACAAUUUAUCGAUCUAUGCUUCGUUACUGUAUGAUCUGUUUAACUUUUUUCCAUUCUUGUGGAAGUAUUCUAUUCAAUCUUAGUAAUGGUGCUUGACUUAAUGUUGUUCUUGUGGAAGUAUUCUGUUUCAAGUUUCGGAC